UCACUACUUUUUUUUCCUCUCUGCAGUAGCAUCCAUAGGGGGAAAGAGAGAGAGAGAGAGAGAGAGCUCUAUAAUGGCAGAAUGAACAAAGCACUUUCACAAACUCUUAUCCUCAUAAGAGGAAGAUAAAUAAGAUGGCUUUAGAAGAAGAGGAAGAGGUUCAAAACGCACCGUUUUGUAUGCUUUUCUGCGAGGAAGAGAGCCAUGAGUUAGAGAGAGACGAGAGCGUCGUAAAGUUUCCGUUUUUACAUUUGGGUUUUCUCGAUCAUGACAUGUUGUGGGAUGACGAUGAGUUACUAGGUUUGAUUUCGAAAGAAAACGAGCUAAGGCCGUGUCUUUCCGACACAGUGUUAGAUGAGUUUCUUGUCCUGUGCCGCGAGAAGGCUCUUGAUUGGAUCUUUAGAGUGAAAACUUAUUAUGGGUUUAAUGCGUUGACGGCUCUUCUUGCUGUUAACUACUUCGAUAGGUUUCUUACUACCAGGAAGUUUCAGACAGAUAAGCCAUGGAUGUCUCAGCUCACAGCUGUGGCUUGUCUGUCUUUAGCUGCUAAAGUUGAAGAGAUCCGUGUUCCAUUGCUCUUAGAUCUUCAGGUGGGAGAGCCAAGAUAUGUCUUUGAGGCUAAAACCAUACAGAGAAUGGAGCUUUUGAUUCUCUCUACUCUUGAAUGGAGGAUGCACCCCGUGACUCCAAUCUCGUUUUUCGAUCACAUUAUCCGUCGAUUCAACUCUAACUCUAAGUCUCACCAGCAAUUGGAGUUAUUGAGUAGAUGCGAAUCUCUGCUGCUCUCCGUUGUUACUGAUUCGAGGUUUCUAAGUUACAGUCCUUCUGUGUUAGCCACUGCAAUAAUGGUCUCAGUUGUUAGAGAUUUCAAGACGUGUGACGAAGCUGAAUACGAAUCUCAGCUCAUGACUCUACUCAAAGUUGAUCCGGAGAAAGUAAAUAAAUGCCAUGAGUUAGUGGUUGAUCACAUCCCAAGCAAGAAAAGGAUGAUGCAACCCUCUAGUCCAACCGGUGUAUUUGAUGCAUCAUUCAGCUCUGAUAGCUCAAACGAAUCAUGGGUUGCGUCUGCUUCUGCUUCAGCUUCAGUGUCUGCAUCACAGUCUCCAGAGCCUCUAUUCAAGAGGAGAAGAGUUCAGGAGCAGCAGAUGAAGCUGUCUUCAAUAAACAGAAUGUUUCUCGAUGUGUUCGCAAGUAGUCCUCGCUAAUAAUUUUUAGAAACAUAUAAGAUAUGUUUUCCCCUGUUUACUCUCUCGGCUCUUGUGUCUAUGAACGGUUUCAAAUGGUGUACUCUUCAGUAUUUGAUAAUUUGAAAGAUCUUUUACUUGUUUCA